UGUGUCUUUGUGACUAGGCACGAUAUCGCGUCACCCCCGGCAAUGAAUUCCUAUGUGGCUCUUGCUGCUCUCUGCAUCCUGAGCGCCUUCGCUGUCUUUGGUUGCGUACGUGGGCGAGUUUCUCCCAUGAAGAGAUUUCUCUCGUGCAGCCAGGCGCCAAUGCCGAGGUGGGAGCCGGCAGGGGUACUGUCUCUCAAAUGCAGGAUGUCGAUCAUCUGCAAAUCACCAUUAGCGGCAGAUGGGAACUUCGAGGUCUACGCAUUAUAAUGGAGUUUGACAUCAAGAGUUAUAGAGCCAGUAACAGGGAAGGCAUCCUCAAAUUUGAAGCUGCACGCCU